AUCCUUCUAAUCAUGAACAACAACAAACCUUAAAGAUCCACAGAGGUGAAGCCAAAGAGAGAAACUAACAAACACCAGCUGGUUUAGAUAGUUGACUCAAUGUUAGCAUCGAUUACAUAACAGCAUUCAUAGUGGAACAAUCAAUCAGCUGAUGAUCAAUUUCCAUCAGACACAACAGGAUGACCUCUCCUCACUUUCUCCUACACUGCUGCUCUCUCCAAACACACACAGGCGCCCACACACACACACACACACACACUCACACACACAAACCAGCGGACAGCCAGGCCAGAGUCCAACAUUUUAAACAAAUAGCCAUUGAACACCAAUGAGGUCAUGGAUUCACCGCCAGGCAAAGAGCUUCAACCACUUGUCGGCUCAGUGCAAACCCUUUCUGAGGGCGAGGAGGAAAACUCUCACCCCUGACGGCCGUAAAAGAACAGGGUCAAGUUUGUUGUGGAUACGCUCAGGCCAAGAGUGGAGCUUAACAAGGAAAGAAACGUGGGAAAAACCUGCUCCUGGGCUCCUUUAUAUGGAUUCCUGCCCUGCUGUUUGCCAGUUUAAUGCUGAGUUGUCGUUCCACAGAGCUGGGAUUUUCUCCUUUCAAGCCAAGAGCUGAUCUCCAACCACCAAUCUGGAGCCGAGCUGAGCUCCUUUAAGCACCAACCGAAAGCUCCCGGGCAACUACUCUCGCCUUUCAGCGCUCAGUCAACUCAGACAUGUCUCAGGGACACAAAAUGAUCCUCCUGUGUGCUUUCACUGUCUUCAUCACAUCUCUGGUGUUGGGGGUGAAGGACAGGCAUCCAGAUGAGUGUGCAGACCUGAACAACACCACCUGGCAGGAGUACCGUCAGAGGAGAGUCAAACUGCAGGUUCAGUACCUGCUGCUCACCAGGAAAAACCUGGACUGUGCACAAGCGUUCACUGAGGAGUCUCUGACUGAAGGUCAGCGGCUGUCCUACUUCAACAUCUCACGUCCAACUAAGGUCAUCGUCCACGGGUACAGGGCCCUGGGCAGUAAGCCGUCCUGGAUUAAGGAGCUGGCCUGGUCCCUGCUCAGGGCUCAGGAUGUGAACGUGGUGGUGGUGGACUGGAUCUACGGCGCCUCCUUCGCCUACAACCUUGUGGUGGAGAACUACAAGGAGGUGGCCGUGCAGAUAUCGGUCCUCAUCAACCAGCUGCAGAAACAUGGCUGCAAACUGGGGUCCUUCCACUUCAUCGGGGUCAGUCUCGGAGCUCACGUCGCUGGUUUUGUGGGGACUCUUUUUGAAGGGAAGAUUGGGAGAAUCACAGGUCUGGACCCUGCUGGUCCCAUGUUCAAAGGAGCCGACACCUUCGACCGCUUGGACCCCUCCGACGCUCAGUUUGUUGAUGCCAUCCACACAGACUCUGACUAUUUUGGCAUCUCCAUCCCUGUGGGUCACGUGGACUUCUUCCUGAACGGGGGAAAGGAUCAGACUGGAUGUGCCCGCUCCAGGUUUGCUUCAAUUCUGAUCUACUUUCCAGUGUACGGCUAUGUGAUCUGUGACCACAUGAGGGCACUGCACGUCUACAUGAGCGCUCUGAACAGCUCAUGCCCGUUGAUAGGGAUCCCAUGCUCCAGCUAUGAGGAGUUCCUGAAGGGGAACUGUGUGGACUGUGGAGUCUUCAGGGGCUCGUGUCCAGCUAUAGGAUUAACAGAGAACAGUGGGAUAUCAGUAUCUCCAGUGCCCAAAGAGCAGAAGCUUUUCCUCCUCACUUCCUCCACGUCUCCUUUCUGUGCUCAUCACGUCCUGCUGCGGCUGGAGGUUUCCCCGCUGGAUAAGAGCGCUGAGGUGGAGGUGACUCUGAGGACGGAGAGCCUGGGACGAGAGCAGAGAGUCAGGCUUCAGACAGAUACGACGGUGUACAGGACGGUGUUGACUCACCCUCUGCCGCUGUGUGAGAUCCAAACCAUCGAGCUGAAGAACACCGGAUCUCGUUUCUACAGGCAGGGAGACAUCCACGUCAAGUCCGUGUGUGUCUCUCAGAUCCCCUCCAACAGGCAAGAUGUGCCGCUGUGUGUGAACAACAUCCACAUCAGACGAGGAGCUCCGUGGUCACAUGACUUUGUGCAGGUGUGCGACUACUAAAGAAAGACAAUGAACCCCCGAGAUCGCAGAGUUAAACCUCAGCGGGUGGAGCCAAAGAAAUAUAUAUUUUGUUUUGAGGAUUAAGCUUCACUAGUCAGAUGUUUGUUAAUAAGUUAUUUGGACGUCCCACUGACCCUCUAACACUUUAAAAUGAGUACAUGAUGCAUCUUUUAUUUCUCUUUGUUUGAGUCCUGUCUUUGUUAUUCUUGUUUGACAUUUUUCUAUAAUGUAGUUUAAAGAUGUGACCUUUGACCCUGUUUUUUAUGUAUGUCUGACAUGUAGUGCUGCUGAAUUCAGUUUGUCUUUUAAGAGAAAGCAAUAAAACUUGAAUCUGUGCUUUUCUUUUGUCUGGUGAAACUAAAGAAGUGAAGCCUGGUUCAUACUCCAGUGUAGAAUCAACGCUGUAGGUCUGCAUAACCCUGUUCAAACAAAGUGGCAACCUCCAGCCGAGACAAUUGAAGCAAUGUGGAAGUGUUAUAAACUGCAGUUCCUCGAGCGUCCACUUGAGGCUGGCUGCAAAAG